AUGUUAAAAAUUGAUAAACUUCGAGCUCUGGCUCCCAUUUUGCCUGUGGAUGGCAAGGCCUCUAUCUCUGUGGGACCUGGCACAAGUAAAGUGACUAGGCCAGAUGGUGUUGGAUCCUUUCCCAGAUUUCUGCUCGUCACAAAUCUUUGCUUUUUGCACUCAUAUGUCUCCAUCGAUGACUCAAACCUAUGCGAGAAUGAUCGAAAUCUUAUGAUUCAGAAGAAGGCUACACUACUGGACAGGAUGGAGAGCUUCCGGCCACAGGAUGACAGCACGGUUGUUGGAGACCCAACGGAGAAGACGACGUCAGAAGCUCUUGACUGGCGGAUUAUGAACGGCAACGAAGUAGUGCCAUCUUCCGCCAAAUCGCCCAAUGCCUCGAGGGUUUUUAUUCGACACCAUUUCCAAUUUUCGUCGGCUCUCAAGCGCAUGUCCACGGUGUCGAGCUUGCCCAGCGGCAAGGUCCUCGUCGCUGUUAAAGGUGCACCAGAUAUGAUCAAAGGCAUUCUCACGGAAGUUCCUGAAUGGUACAAUGUGACAUACAAGUGGUAUACUAGGCAUGGCAGUCAUGUUUUGGCCCUAAGAACAAAGGAGAUGAUGUCAAUCGACAAGCUAUAUCAUCCUGUUGGAACACUCAAGAUGCUUGCCGACUUGUUACACAGGCGCAUUAUGAUCACUGGCGACAACCCAUCAACGGUGGUCCAUGUCGUGCUGGACAUUGAGAUUGUUGAUUGCGACACGCUGAUUCUGGAUUUGCGAGCGAACCCUGCACAUGAAGCAGGUGAAUUGAUUACUGUUCAGCCAUUCAAAUAUCGUCUUUCAUGGAAUGACCUGGUGCAAAACACCUGGGUUUGUGCUCGUGUCUCUCCCACACAGAAGGAAUUCGUCCUUACUAGUCUUAAAACACUUGGCUACACUUGGCUCAUGGCUGGAGAUGACACAGAUGACGUCGGUGCACUCGAGCAGGCUCAUAUUGAUGUUGUCAAGGCGCAGACAAAAGUUGCAGAGAAUUUACAAGUUGUGCACAAAAAGAACCUGAUGGAGAAGGUGGUGUCUGUUGUCCUCAUGAGGGUUCGUUGGCUGACAAUGUUUGAGUUCGACCUUGCUUCAAUUACUGAUGCUAUGGCUAACAUGGAGGGUUAUGAGGAUGUUCCUCAGAUCAAACUUGGAAACCCAUCAUGCACCGCACCAUUCACAUCGAAGCUGUCCCACAUCACUCCCACUACCCACAUUAUUAGGCGCGGUCACUGUACCUUAGUAUCUAUCAUUCAGAUGUACAAGAUUUUGACGCUGAACCGCCUUAUCACUGCGUACAGCUUGCCGGUUCAGUAUCUCGAUGGUAUCAAGUUUGGUGAUAAUCAGCUUGUUGAAAAAAAUUCCCAGGAGAGGCCGCUAGGCAACAUCUUCAAUCUCUAUGUGCUAUUACCGUGCUGCUCCAGUUUGCCCCCCACAUUAUACUUAUCACUCAUUCACAUCAUGAACUUGCCACAUUUCCAUGAGCCAGCCGGCGUAAUUGACCUCAAGGCGAUGUUUGAGCCCAGUCUCUUGAAUGCUGCCAUCCACUUUCUGGGUCUCUCAACAGGUAAUCAUUAUUUUGCCGAGGAUGGUUGCCCUUUCCGCGAGGGAAUCCGCAAGAACUCGAGCUUGUACUGGGUGCUUGCCGGUGCUAGUACUUGCUGUUACAUCCUCUGGAGCUACAGACUUUAUGCCCGAAUAGAACCGAUGUUCAAGGUGAAGUUAACCAGCAUCAUAAUUGCCCACUUUGUUGGUUGUUGGGUGAUUGAGAAGUUUUUGCAGAUUUUGAAUCAAAACCGUUGGUUACUUGGGGUAAGGAACGGAGAGGCUAGACUAGCAGACGCGCCAAUCGCGCAAUUAUUGAUACCUGACAUCUUCGACGAAUAUGCAAGUAUCAGGGCCUCUGUCACUGUGCAGUCUAAUAAGAUUGCUAAUGCCGCCUUACAUGUCACCCUUCCAUGGUACACACAUUUGUACACCAUUCCAUUCUUCUCGCUCUAUCCACUUCUUGCAUAUCGAGGAGUGAACUUCCCUGGCUUGUGUAUUCUGUGUGCUCAAGUUUCUUGGUCACUCGAUGGAGUGGCGAAAGCAUGGAUAACAAUGCGAAAGGUGCGGUCUAUCGAGGAUGCAAACUGUAUAUGCUUGGUUCCUCGUGUCCACCGUGGUCAAGGCAAGAUUGCCCCAUCGCUCAAGGCAUUUGAAAACUUGAAUUUUGAUGGCAAUAAGAGGAUGAAGAUAACAGUCACCAAAUCUGCUCCGGGCACUUUGGCCUCAGGUGCUAACGAUGCUGAUAUGGGUCAAGCCACUGAAGUCGAGACCAAAGUUGGCGAGUCUGAGUUUCUUGAUGAAAUGGAGAACAUUCAACAAGAGGACAACAUGUCAGACUAUCUUAAACCGAAAAUUAUACAGACAAUAUCGCUCCUUGCUCAUCUAGCUUGUGACUGUGGAAUAUGGGAUUGUCCUCUUAAACUGGGAGAUGGGAUUCAAGAAGUUUCUGCCUGGGUUCAAAACUCUGAGUUACCACGGAUCAACGAAACACCGCAAGGAGCUCUGCCAAGGAUGGUACAAUAA